UGACAGAACGUAAGUUAAGACUUUAUAACCAAGCAGCAACCAUCUCGUUUCUACCUAAACGGCGAGUCAACGAGGAGAGAAAUCCUUGGCACCUUCAAGAGGAGUCAUUAUGGCCUUGGAACUUGUUUCAUUUGGAAUACAAAAGCUUUGGGACCUACUGAGCCAAGAAUACGAGAAAUUUGAGGGAGUUGAUGAUCAAGUAAUUGAACUCAAACGUGAGCUAAACUUGUUAAGCUCUUUUCUGAAAGAUGCAUAUGCAAAGAAACACACAAGUGCGGUAGUGAGAAAUUGUGUUGAAGAGAUCAAGGAAAUUGUUUAUGACGCGGAAGAUAUAAUUGAAACAUAUAUCAUUAAGGAAGAACUUGGGAAAACAAGUGGAAUAAAGAAGAGUAUAAGAAGAAUUGCUUGCAUUGUUUCAGACCGUAGAGAAAAUGCAUUAGAUAUUGGAGGCAUAAGGAAGAGGAUCUCCAACGUCAUCCGAGAUAUGCAGAGUUUUGGGGUACAACAAAUUAUCGCUGAUGGUGGGUAUAUGCUACAUGUACAUGAUAGACUAAGAGAGAUGAGACAAACAUUUCCUAGGGACUACGAAAGCGAUCUUGUGGGGUUGGAAGAAAGUGUACAAAAGUUGGUUACUUAUUUGGUGGAAGAAGACGACAUACAAGUGGUCUCAAUAACCGGAAUGGGUGGUGUUGGAAAAACUACCCUCGCUAGACAAAUUUUUAAUCACGGAACGGUUAAACAUAAGUUUGAUGGCAUUGCUUGGGUGUGUAUUUCACAAGAGUUUACACGUUUGCAUGUGUGGCAAGCGAUUUUGCAGAACCUCAGACCCAGAGAAGGGAAAGAUGGAAUCUUGCAUAUGCAAGAAGCUAUACUCCAGGGUGAACUCUUUCGAUUGUUAGAAACAUCUAAAUCAUUAAUCGUCCUUGAUGACAUAUGGAAAGAGGAAGAUUGGGACCGAAUCAAGCCAAUAUUUCCACCGGGAAAAGGUUGGAAAGUGCUGCUAACUUCUCGAAAUGAAAGUGUUGCUGUACGUGGAGAUGCAACAUAUAUCAACUUUAAACCACAAUGCCUAACCGUUGAAGAAAGUUGGAAACUUUUUCAGAAAAUAGCAUUUCCUCGGAAAGAUUUAUUCGGACUUAGACCUCUCGUGAUAUCGCGGUGA